UCCCCACCUAUCGUCAUGACGGCGUCUCCGGAUUACUUGGUGGUGCUUUUUGGAAUCACUGCUGGGGCCACCGGGGCCAAGCUGGGCUCGGAUGAGAAGGAGCUGAUCCUACUGUUAUGGAAAGUCGUGGAUCUGGCCAACAAGAAGGUGGGACAGUUGCACGAAGUACUAGUUAGACCGGAUCAGCUGGAGCUGACGGAGGAUUGUAAAGAAGAGACUAAGAUCGACGCCGAGAGCCUGUCCUCGGCGCCGCAGCUGGACCAAGCCCUCCGACAGUUUAACCAGUCAGUGAGCAAUGAACUGAAUAUUGGGGUAGGAACCUCCUUCUGUCUCUGUACUGAUGGGCAGCUUCAUGUCAGGCAAAUUCUGCAUCCUGAGGCUUCCAAGAAGAAUGUAUUAUUGCCUGAAUGCUUCUAUUCCUUUUUUGAUCUUCGGAAAGAGUUUAAGAAGUGUUGCCCUGGUUCACCUGAUAUUGAUAAACUGGAUGUUGCAGCAAUGACAGAGUGUUUAAAUUUUGAGAAGAAUAGUUCAGCCUCCCGGUAUGGAGCCUGUCAAGUUGAAGAUAUGGGAAAUAUAAUUUUAGCAAUGAUUUCAGACCCUUAUAAUCACAGGUUUUCAGAUCCAGAAAGAGUAAAUUACAAAUUUGAAAGUGGCACUUGCAGCAAGAUGGAACUUAUUGAUGACAACACGGUAGUCAGGGCACGAGGUUUGCCAUGGCAGUCUUCGGAUCAAGAUAUUGCAAGAUUCUUCAAAGGACUCAAUAUUGCCAAGGGAGGUGCAGCACUUUGUCUGAAUGCCCAGGGUCGAAGGAACGGAGAAGCUCUGGUUAGGUUUGUGAGUGAGGAGCACAGAGACCUAGCGCUCCAGAGGCACAAACAUCACAUGGGGACCCGGUACAUUGAGGUUUACAAAGCAACAGGUGAAGAUUUUCUUAAAAUUGCUGGCGGUACGUCCAACGAGGUAGCCCAGUUUCUCUCCAAGGAAAACCAAGUCAUUGUCCGCAUGCGGGGGCUCCCGUUCACAGCCACAGCUGAUGAAGUGGUGGCUUUCUUUGGACAGCAUUGCCCCAUCACUGGGGGGAAGGAAGGCAUCCUCUUUGUUACGUACCCAGAUGGUAGGCCAACAGGGGACGCUUUUGUCCUCUUUGCUUGUGAGGAAUAUGCACAGAACGCAUUGAGGAAGCAUAAGGACUUGUUGGGUAAAAGAUACAUUGAACUCUUCAGGAGCACAGCAGCUGAAGUUCAGCAGGUGCUGAAUCGAUUCUCCUCGGCCCCUCUCAUUCCACUUCCAACCCCUCCCAUUAUUCCAGUACUACCUCAGCAAUUUGUGCCCCCUACAAACAUUAGAGACUGUAUACGCCUUCGAGGUCUUCCCUAUGCAGCCACAAUUGAGGAUAUCCUGGACUUUCUGGGGGAAUUUUCCACCGAUAUUCGGACUCAUGGGGUCCACAUGGUAUUGAAUCAUCAGGGACGCCCAUCAGGAGAUGCCUUUAUCCAGAUGAAGUCUGCGGACAGAGCAUUUAUGGCUGCACAGAAGUGUCAUAAAAAAACCAUGAAGGACAGAUAUGUUGAAGUCUUUCAGUGUUCAGCUGAGGAGAUGAACUUUGUGUUAAUGGGGGGCACUUUAAAUCGAAAUGGCUUAUCCCCACCGCCAUGUAAGUUACCAUGCCUGUCUCCUCCCUCCUACACAUUUCCAGCUCCUGCAGCAGUUAUUCCUCCUGAAGCUGCCAUUUAUCAGCCCUCUGUGCUCUUGAAUCCACGAGCACUGCAGCCCUCCACGGCAUACUACCCAGCGGGCACCCAGCUCUUCAUGAACUACACAGCGUACUAUCCCAGCCCCCCAGGUUCGCCCAAUAGUCUUGGCUACUUCCCUACAGCUGCUAAUCUUAGCGGUGUCCCUCCACAGCCUGGCACGGUGGUCAGAAUGCAGGGCCUGGCCUACAAUACUGGAGUUAAGGAAAUUCUUAACUUCUUCCAAGGUUACCAGUAUGCAACCGAGGAUGGACUUGUACACACAAAUGACCAGGCCAGGACUCUAUCCAAAGAAUGGGUUUGUAUUUAA